UGACGCCCUUGCAUUUUACUGCGCUCACUUGCUACAGGGCAGGGAACUUUAGGCUUUACUUUGGACUGUUGGUUUGGGGGGUUGCGCGGGGCUAUAAAGCUCAAAUCGCAGCCUGGUAAAGAAGGCUUUUUGUUCAAGGAUUUGAUUGCUACGGGGAUAUUUCAUAUUGUGUGUAUGUGGUGAAAAAGUUGACGAUCGAACAACGAAACUCUCGCCGGAUUGUCAAAAUUGGUCAUCUAUCGGUGAACGGGCCGAUCUGCUGUUUUGGCAAGCGCAAUACAAACAUGCCUCGACAGUUGCCAAUUGGCAAGGGAAUGGACCGUUUGAUGCGUGUGUCGUAUACAUUUUUUGAUACACUUCUUUCGUGCGGGAUCCUCGUCGCUGCAGUUUGCAAUGCCGGAUGGGGGUGGGCUUUAUGUGGAGUCUUUAGUGCGGUAUUUCGAGGAAUCUUGUUGGUAUGGGACCAAGUGAAAUCCGACAAACGUCGAAAUCUGGACCCCAAUGUGACGUGGACGCCCACUGAAGAAGAGGUCAACAGAAUGGAAAAGGGCUUGUGCGCGCCCAUCAUCCAGCCCCUAUUUACAGGAGCUCUUGAGAAGGCAUUCAACGCCCGAACGCGAGCACAGUCUGUACCUGUCAUUUUCUCGAGGCUUGAACAACUCGAUGAAAUAGUCGUCGAUCCACCAAAAGAUGUCAAAGUGGAAUUGGAGGUGGAGGUGGUAGUGGAAGUGCCGAGGCGAUAUGAGAGGGAUUUUCUACUGUCGCUGCGACCCCGCGCUACGGACAUGAAGCCGUUUUUGCCGGUGGUGGAGGGUGUGACGACGAAACUGUCAGCGAGCAAAACGGCUAUCGCAAACCGGGAUGAACGCCGGACCCGAGAGUCAACGCCGCCGAAACCAAAUGUCAUGACAUUGCAAACGUCAACUUGCACCAAUGUUCCCCCCAAAGCUAGUCCCGGCGGCCUGCCAUCUACGUCCGCACCGAUAAAUCCGCUCCUUACCAUCCCACAAGGCCCAUCCGAUCCACCCCUCAUCAUCCCAGAUCGCCGCUGGGCAACAACUGGCAAAUCCACUCCAACCCCAUCUACUCCCGCAACCUUUUCCAUCCUCACAUGGAAUAUCUUAGCGCCAACCUACUGUACCCCCGACAAAUUCCCCUAUGCGCAAAACAUUCCUUGGCUUCGCCGGAAACAAGCCAUCCUCUCUGAACUCGCCCAUCAUCACCCAGACAUUGUCUGCCUCCAAGAAUUGCCACAAAACGAUUUCACCGGGUUCUUUGCCCCCGCUUUGCAUGCCCAAGGAUACCGCGGCGUCUUCCGCGGCAAGAACCGUUCCGACGACCAAGAUGAUGGAUGUGCCACAUUUUGGAAAGUCGACCGAUUUCGAUUGGUCGAGUGUUCAACAUUUGCUUUUCCAGAACUCGUCUCCAACCUCAAUGGUCUGGAUACCCACCCCGAACCCAUUGACCGACCCCCCACACCCUCACACGACCUCAAACUUGACCUUCUCCGCUUCCCAAACACAGCCAUCAUCACUACCCUCAAAUGCGUCCAUACAAACCGAAAGCUGAGGGUCGUCACCACACAUUUACACUGGAACCCCCGCGACGAGCGAACCAAACUCCUACAAGCCGGAUUACUGAUGGACGUCUUGAAUCGAUGCCAGGCUGCUGACGAUACCCGACAGCCAUCCUUCAAAACACCCCUGGACGAUAAAAAUCGUGGGACGGCCGUACCCAUCGUCCUAGCUGGGGAUUUGAAUUCAAUGUUUGGUGAACACGUUAUGCAGUUCCUCGUCAAUGGUUCCGUUAAUGUGGGCUCAAAAGAUUUUGGAUGGGUGGACAAAGACUAUGGGACUUUUUCGCGUCCAGCGGCUUCACCCGUACUCGCCAACACAUUCACUCUUCAACCAGCGUACCCACGAGCCCUUCUCCCAUACACGAACAAAACACCAACAUUUACGGGCACAAUAGAUCACAUACUGUUCUCACCGGAUAGUCUCUAUGUCCACGAUACUCUUGGUCCAGUCCCAGGUAAAUACAUGGACUCUUUGCAAGCCUUGCCCUGCAAAGGAUUCUCGAGCGAUCAUGUUCUGCUCUGUGCCGUAUUGGGGUUCAAGGGGGCGGGAGGUAAAAAGGGCAGAAAGAGAAAGGGAAAGGCUGGGAAGGACGUUGAUAUGAUUGUUACCGGUGGAGACAAGAGCCGUGGAAAGGUGGACAAAGUCGUGGUAGAGAACGAGCGAACACCUAUUGCUCAGUCCUCUGCAAAUCACCGCCGUCCAAGUUUUCCUAAACCCGAAGCAUGUCCCACACAUGCCCAUCCUAAGCAAUCCGGCGUGCGCCCUGAUACACCACCAAAUGGAGCUCUCCGUAAACACCCACCCGACCUUGGCCAUCGAGCCGGCAAAGGCCGAGGCAAACGAGACCGGAUGCAAAAAAGACCGGGUGCAGUGGCCUGUCUGUGAUGGAAUAUAAUUGGGAUCUGUAUCUCGUUUUGGUACAAAUAUACAUUAUUUUCCCACAUAAAAAUCACC